AUGGCCAACUUGUACAUGGAAGAAGUAGAAAAGAGGGCUUUGUUAUCCUACCCUCGAAUACCACCAAGUCAUUGCUUCAGAAUCAAAAAUUCUUCUACAAUGAACAACAUAAGUGUCUCACCUCUGACUGGCCCCAAACCUACCACAGAUCCUGAAGAUAAAAGCAUUGUGAGCAAUGACUAUUCUACAGGCAUUGGUGCCCUGAUCCUGAGCUUGGUCUUGAUCCUGGGUGUUCCUGGAAAUCUCUUCAUUGUCUGGAGCAUCCUGGCCCGCAUCCGGCGACACUCAGUCACCACCCUCCUCAUUCUCAACUUGGCAUGUGCUGAUGGGUUCCUCAUGGCUCUCACCAUCUUUUUUAUCAUCUACCUGGCCAUGCAGACGUGGGUCUUUGGUAACGCCAUGUGCAAAAUCCUGUUCUACUUGUGCAAUUCUAACAUGUAUGCAUCAAUCUUUCUGAUAACGCUGAUGAGCGUGCACAGACUGUUGGCUGUGGUCUUUCCACACACACUGUCCCACCUGAUCACCAGGAAGGUUGUGAGGAGGGUGAUCCUAGGCACAUGGGUGCUAGUGAUGGUCAUUUCCAUCCCUUCGCUGGUGUUUCGAGAUGUGAGAGAAGAUACCGAUGAUUAUAACCAAACGAGAUAUGUGUGUGCACCCAAUCACACACUGCCUAAACAUGUGAGAUUUCAGUACGCCUUUGAGACAGUGGCAGGAUUCAUUAUUCCUUAUGCAAUCAUUAUAAUCAGCUACGUUCUCAUCCUGAAACGCCUGAGGGAGACCAAGUUCCAACGCAAUGUCCGCAGCGAGAAACUCAUCCUGGCUAUCGUCAUUACAUUUGGCCUGUUCUGGUUGCCGUACCACGUCAUCAACAUGGUACAGGUGGCAGCUGAGUGGUACCCAGAGCACUCAGCUAUAAGAAAAAGAUUAGAUACUAUCUCUCAGUCCAGCCGUGCAGUGACCUCAGCUUUGGCCUUCAUCAGCAGCUGUGCCAACCCAGUCCUCUACACCUUUGCUGGGAAAUCUUACAUAAAGAAGAAUGGUUUUGCCUUCAUGGCUAAGAUGUUUGAAGGAACAUCAUCAGAUCAAACAGGAACCAAAAGCACUCGAUUCAUGACUAAAGACAAUUUGGGAGAGAGUAAUGUUGAUUUUCAAAAUCAUACAGUGGCUUCUACUCCAGAAAAUGGGAGCUGAAUGAACCUUAUACACUGAACAGACUGUAUAUAUAAAUGAAAGCGCUUAAAAUUGUGUAAAGCUUUAAGUGGAGUGUAUAGAUUUGAGGCUACACAAAAGUACCAGCACAGUAUUUGUUUUUUGUUUUUUUUAUUUGAAUUGUGAUAACAGAGUGUCAAAGGAAGAAACCUUAGAGAAGCAAGAAACACAAACUCAAGUUAUGGCAUGUACAUGGGCGAGGCUUACUGCGUGGCAAGACACAGGCAAGUCGCGCAGAGCCUCAGUCCAUUCUUUAUUUUAUAGCAGAGAAUAGCUUACACAGCAUCCCUAGGUGGAGCAUAUGUAAUAGAAAAACAUCUCUAGAUAUGGUUAUCGCAUGAGUGGCCGUUAUCCGUAAGACAAGAAGAACUAGUAUCUUUUGUCAUAUCAGCUUCAGGUUGGAAUGGUCUCUGCCUGAGCGUGUGUGACUUUGUAACUUCCUCACGCAUGCUUCUGUUCCUUAAUCUGUAGGUUGCAGGCACAUCAUGUUCUCACAAGAAAUUAUACUUAAGCAAAAUAAAGGUUAUCAAAGUAAGUAAAUGUAAAAAUCUCUUAACACAGAGUUAAAGUGGAAGUCAGCGGCACAGGCACAGUUUACCUUUGCCUGCGUGCAUCUGGACAUCUAAGUGUAACAGGAUUGUAAAUACUUUUUUUAAACAGAAUUUUAUUUUAUUUUUUUAAAACUGUAAUAAUUUUGUGUAUGAUAGCUGCAGAAAGUUUUUAUUCCUUAAUGCAAAGACAGAUUGAAUAAAGGGUUUAGGACACCCUACAUGGAACGGGUUCACGGCUGAUGUGACAUUUGUAAUUCUGCAUUAAUACAGCAUUUGUGAGAAGCUACAGUUCCCUUAUUAAGGGACAUUUUGAGCUUCGUGAUUUUUUUUUUUUUAAACUAUUGGUAUUCACUGAAACAAACUAUUUGAGACCAUGCAGCUUUUUGUUUACCUUUGAAAUGUCUGGAGUUGAUGUGUUGCACAUGUUGUGUCCAGUUCACUACACUGAGCAUUAAUUAUCGUUAUGAAAACUUGGAUGAAAGCUCAGUGUGCAUAUUCCACCAUUUCAUUGAUUGGUACAUUUAGCUCAUUAAGAGAUCUGGGGCCCGUUCUUCGUACCUCGCUUACUACA